AUGCCGGGCCGCGGACUUCGCCAGCAGAACGGCGCGGGGCAGGUCGCCGCGAGCUGCACGGCCGCGCGCAGGGAAGAUCUUAGCAAUCGGAUUAAAGAACAAAAAGUUGUUGUGGAUGAGCUUUCGAAUCUGAGGAAGAACCGGGGGGAACACAUUCAGUGGCGCUCUGGAGGCUGGCGACGUGCCGGGGCCACUCCCCAAGGUGCUCAGAGAGUGUAUAGGCAGCAGCAGAACAGCAGCAUAUUCUUUCUUGGGGACCGAACAGAAAUAUUUUCUGAAAGCAAAAAUGUGUUGGAUAAUCUGAGAAAAGAGUACCAGGAAGUCGAAAACUUGGAGAAGACCAAAAGCACCAAAUAG